GAGGGUUCCGGAGAUAACCGUCCCUUCAUUCUUCCUGAGGAUUGGGCCGUCAACAAAUUUUUGCCCGGGAUGAGUGGUAAGGUCUUUAGGGAGUUACGGGUUCGCUAUCAGAUCCCAGACCACAUUCCCAUCCGUCUCCCUAGAGAGGGUGAGAGGUGUUACUCCGGGCGGACAGCUGACGUCGGUAUGUAUGACGCCAUGUUUGCUGCGGGCCUGAGGUUACCAUUGACGGCUCUGCACCGUCAGCUAGCUGAUUUCCUAGGAAUAUCCGUCACCCAGAUUGCCCCAAACGCCUGGAGGACCUUUAUAGGAGCUGAAAUCCUGUGGGGCAGCUUUAGUGGAGGGCACCGUCAGCUUACACUUGGAGAAUUUUUUUAUUGUUAUAGGCCUCAUCACAUUGCCUCGUCUAAGGGGACUUAUCAUUUUAAUGCCCGAGAGAAAGGGCUACGGUUAGUGUCAGAUAUGCCUGACUCAAAUAGGAACUGGAAGAGUAGGUAUUUUUUCGUUGAAGGGACAGACUGGGUGUGCCGUCAGGAGGAGUGGGUGACGAUGCCCAGUGGUUACUUUGACAAUACCUGGGCCUUUGUCAAGGAUUCAGGUUAAUCCCGUCACCCACGAGGCUCGUGCGUUUUUUUGAAGUGACGGUGCUAACACUUGUUAUUAUUAUUAUUAUUUUUUUCAGCUUAUACCCGUCCGCAUAUAACUGACGAGCAGGAGGAGUUCAUCCAUCGGGUUCUAGAAAUUCCUUUGGAGGACCGUAAGUGCAGGGAUUUGAUUACCCUUGACACCCUCCAUCUAUACUGUGGGGGCCCAAAUCCGUCAGCGGAAGCUCGCAGGUUGGAGGAGUUUGCGCGACGUCGUAAGUAGACUUUUAUUUUUCCGUCAGUUUCAUUAUUUCCGUCACUUUUCCUAAAGUGUUUUCUUUGUGUUGUAGAGAUGGAUUCUGCGAAGCAAAGGAUACGGGCUGCCGCAGCUCGUCAGAAGGAGGAGAGGAAGGCCAAGGAAGCAGGGGGGGAAGCCUCGUCAACCCCCACGGCCGUCGCCAAAGUGGCGAAGAGGAAACCUGACGGGAGUGACGGCCGACCCUCAAAAAAGCCUGCCGUUACUCCGUCAGUCGAACCAUUGAAGGAAAAGUCCCCUCCGACGUCUGGCCAUGGUGCGGGAAAGGGGGUGAUGACUUCCGCUGGUCCCGUCACUGAGGGUCCGUGCCGUCUCCUAACCCACAAAGAAUAUGCCGUCGGGGAGGUUGAGUCCCUGAUAAAACCAACGGACAUGGAGCCCUGUGAUCAAGUAGGGACGGAGGAUUUAGGGGCGUCGGCCCUCUUUGAUCUCUCCAGGGCCUUGGUUCGUGUCAAAGCCCUCCGUGACCGUUGCGUGGCGAAGGAGGGGGUCGUCAGUCGAGUCCGCAGCCAUAACAAGAACUUGCUGAAUCAGCAGGCUCAGUAUAAGGAAGCCGUCCGUAUCCUGAACCAGGAGCUGCAGGAUGUUAAUACUAAACUGACGGCGGCCAAUGGCGAGAACGUCAAGCUCCAAGGAGAGGUGACGGCUCUGGAGGGGAGGCUACAGACGGCGGGGGCUGACGCGAUCAGGGACUUCAAAACGUCGCAGUCUUUCAUCGACUCAUGUGGCCAGUAUUAUGGCACUGGGUUUGAUGAUUGCCUUCGUCAGGUUGCGUCGGCCUUCCCGGAUCUGGACUUGUCUGGGAUUACAAUGGAUGAUGGAGAUGACGUCUCUCUUCAGCCCGAACCCACACCGGAGCAUGACGGCAGCGUCGUCCUGGCUCAGCCUGCCGCUAAUCCUACGGCUUCCGAUUCUCCUGCUGUUAUAGUGGACGUUGAAGACCGUCUUGCUGACGGCAAUCCUGCUGACGUUCCUGCUGCCUAAUUAUGGCUUUGUAGUUUGCUUCUUUUUUCUUUUUUCAUCUCUUCUGGAAAACAGUUGUAAUUUUUAGACAGUUUUAGUUUUAAACAGUUUUAAACAAUUGUAGUUUUAAACAA